AUGGGCCUUUUCGGACUCGCUACUACCGGCUUUGUCGGCGCCUUACAUAGCUACAUUAUGUUGCUCGAGGUUGCUCUUUGGACUACUCCCCGCGGAAGAAAGACCUUUAAGCUCACACCCGAAUUCGCCGAGCAGACCAAGACCAUGGCUGCUAAUCAGGGCUUGUACAACGGCUUUCUAUCCGCUGGUUUGGUUUGGUCUCUUCUCCACCCGAACCCUGUGUUUGCGAAGCAGCUGCAGAUCUUCUUCAACGGCUGUGUCGUAGUUGCUGGUGUCUUCGGCAGCGUCACAACCGCCAACACGCGUAUUCUCUACGUUCAGGCCGCCCCUGCUGCUCUUGCUCUUGGACUUAUUCUCUUGGGUAUUUAG